AGCAAACUAUCGCUGCUGUUAAAUUUCUUGGCUGAUUGCUAAAGUUUGUUGCCGAAGUUUUUGCUUUUAAAUUAAAAUAAACACCACAAAGUUAUGGCAAUGGCGAAUGUGGACAAAGGAGAGCUGAUGGACCAGGUGAAGCAACAGAUUGCCGUUGCGAAUGCCCAGGAAUUGCUCCAACAAAUGACGCAAAAGUGCUUUAAAAAGUGUAUCAACAAGCCGGGCACCUCGCUCGAUUCCUCCGAACAGAAAUGCAUUUCCAUGUGCAUGGACCGGUUUAUGGACUCGUGGAACCUCAUCUCGCGGACGUACGGCCAGAGAUUACAGCGAGAACAAUCCAAAUUCUAGGAGACAAAGUUAAGGAUCUGCAUUUAUGCGGCGGAUCAAUGGACAAAACUCGGCCAGCUAUUAAUUAGUUUUAAUUAAUAAACUGUUUAAAUGCAACAAAAA